CUUCAUUCUCGUACUAUCGCCAACCACCCAACACUCCAAAAAAACCCCCAAAAUCCAUCAUAAUGGCCAAGACCAAGAAGUCCGGUGACACCCUCGCCUCCCGCCUGGCCCUCGUCAUGAAGUCCGGCAAGGUUACCAUGGGUUCCAAGUCCACCAUGAAGACCCUCCGCUCUGGCAAGGCCAAGCUGGUCCUCAUUGCCGGUAACUGCCCUCCUCUGCGCAAGUCCGAGCUUGAGUACUACGCCAUGCUCGCCAAGGUGCCCGUCCACCACUUCAACGGCAACAACAUCGAGCUCGGCACUGCUUGCGGUAAGCUCUUCCGCUGCUCCACCAUGGCUGUCCUCGAUGCCGGUGACUCCGACAUCCUCAGCCGUGAGGCUUAAAUGCAACUCGAAAGUGUUGCAUUCUGAAAAGUCACGACUUAUGACGUCGGGCCGGCUGGCCCUGUUCCUCAAGCCCGCAUCGGACUCGGUGUUUUCAGGGUGAAAAAAAAGGAUGAGGGUUUAAUGGCGACCCCAGAAGUAGUCUUGAAUCACAAAAAUUUACUUUCUUCAAGAGAGCUACCGCUUUCAUGUUGAUAUAAUAAUGCCUCCAUUGUAUUCUUUCGUGUAAUUAGCGACAAUUCACCAUGCCGAUUUCCUGUGAUCUGCAUGAUUUUACCCUCCCCCGCUUAAAGUCGUCCGGAUAUUCAUCGGAUUGCCCAGACUGGCCACCCCCACGCCAUGCUUGCGGGGAAACUAGAGUAUCCACCUGAAUUCUUGUAAUCACC